AUGCAUCGUCUUUUUGCUGAGCUGGAGCCAUCUUUAAUCGUCACAGAGCAAAACCUGGCAGACCGAGUUCGGUAUAUCUUGCGCUCAAAUAUAUUUGAUGUCGCCGAACUCGAACGGCUACGACGUGAGGCUGUUCCCUCGUCGGAUGAGAAUGCUAUGGCUGAGGAUGCGGCGCCACAAAUGGUAGAGCAACCCGCAAACGUGGAUGCCGCCGUGAAUACCCCAGUUGUGGUUGAUUCAAACGAUGAUGGAACAGUCGCCCAGGAACUGGAAUUAGAGCAUAUGAGGAGUAUAUUGGAAGAGGCGAUUGUGGAAACGCGCACCGGGACCUUUUGCGAGACGGACUCAAUUCUUUUUGGCGCCGCGCUGGCAGUCUGCCGUAUCAUAGGCGCCAAGGUUUCCACGGCUGGACGCGCUACUGGCCAUAGUAGCGCUAUCCCAGCAUGGAGAAGAAGAAUUGAGGAACGUAUCGCAAAGGCUAGAGCUCUCAUCGGCAGACUGAUAUGCUUCAGAUCAGGCAACAACAGGCCAAGAAUUGUGCGCACCGUCAGGAUGGCGUUUGCUGGGACAAAUGUCAGUUUGUCCCAGCCGGAUAUAACGCAAAAACUGACGGAGCGCAUAGAUGAUCUGAAGCAGAGAAUCGCUGCUUGGGGAAAGCGGAUUCGGCGAUAUACCGAGAGGUCGACACGGUUCAACCAGAAUCGUCUCUUCCAGAGUGAUCAGAAGAGGCUCUAUGAAUCAUUGGAGCGACCAAUGGUAAGUGGAACGGGUCCAGCACCGAAUCAGGCCGACACUGUAGCAUUCUGGCGCGGCCUGUGGUCAGAGCCCGUAAACCACAGCGAGGGCCCUUGGACGGAAGUUGUGGCGAGUCAGUGUGCGGGUAUUACGCCCAUGGACCCCGUCAUCAUAACGCCGGAUGACGUAGCUGAGGCGGUUCGUAAGGCCCCGAACUGGAAAAGUCCGGGGCUUGACGGGCUGCAUCACUACUGGCUGAAGGGGUUCAUGGUGUGUCACUCUGUGCUCGCCCGACAGUUUCAAGAGGCUCUCAACCAGAAGUCGCUCCCAAGCCUCUUCACUACUGGGAUCACUCAUUUAGUUCCUAAAGACCAGGAGCAACCCGCAAACGUGGAUGCCGCCGUGAAUACCCCAGUUGUGGUUGAUUCAAACGAUGAUGGAACAGUCGCCCAGGAACUGGAAUUAGAGCAUAUGAGGAGUACAUUGGAAGAGGCGAUUGGAAACGCGCAGUACGCCUCUCGAAAAUCGACCGCGACUUCCCCGCAUAGCCCUAAGCAAGCGGAAUCGGGCUGUCGUGAGGGCUCUGAACCCAAUGCUGGUGACCUAUUUGGAAGCCAGCCGGGACCUUUGCGAGACGGACUCAAUUCUUUUUGGCGCCGCGCUGGCAGUCUGCCGUAUCAUAGGCGCCAAGGUUUCCACGGCUGGACGCGCUACUGGCCAUAG